AGGCUAAGCUCUACGAAUCAAAAAUCAGAGUCACUAUCGUUAUAAAUAAAAAUUACAGUAUGAUUCACUAAUUCGGACAUAAAUUUGUUAUUAACUAUAAUUUGUUGUAACCCAUUGCAACUACAAGAUCAUAUUCGCAAUGUUCUCGAGUUCGCCAAAUUACACGAAAUUAAAAACCAACCUCCGAUUGGCCCUUAAUCGGUUGAAGCUGUUAGAAAAGAAGAAAACAGAACUGACCAUGAAGGCCAGAAGGGAAAUAGCGGAUUACAUACAAGCUGGUAAAUACGAAAGGGCCAAGAUUAGAGUCGAGCACAUUAUUAGGGAAGACUAUCUCGUAGAAGCGAUGGAAAUCGUCGAAAUGUAUUGUGAUUUGCUGUUGGCGAGGUUUGGCUUAAUUACACAAAUGAAGGAGUUAGAUGAUGGGAUUGCCGAGGCCGUUUCUAGCUUAAUUUGGGUGUCGCCACGAAUGUUUGCUGAUGUACAGGAAUUGAAGUUGAUUGCCGAAAUCUUCACUUCAAAAUACGGCCACCAGUACGGUGAGAGCUGCAGGACAGAGGAUGUCAAGACCAUUAGUGAAAAAUUGAAGCAUAAACUUUCAGUUCAAAGCCCGCCUAAGCUAUUGGUCGAGAAGUAUUUAAUCGAAAUAGCCAAGAAUUACAACAUUCCAUACGAGCCGGAUCCACAAGUCAUGCAGGAGGAAGCUAAUGGAAUUUUGAUUGACCUAAGCGACCGGAACAACUUGGGAGAUCCACAGCCUGCCGGAUUUAUUGGAUAUCCCACGUAUCCUACGCCGCCCUCUCUUCCGGCAGCGCCUUUUAAUUAUCCGAAUUUGCCGCCUCAAGAUCCGUCACCUGGUUUUAGUGUAGGCGGGCAUCCGCACGAUCCCAAAGGAGGAAUACCAUUUGGAGCACCUUUCUCUUAUAAUAUUCCACCGGCACCUGAGUCAAAGGAGUCGAAUAUCUCAUACCAUCAGGACGAUUCUUUGCCGACUUACAGUAUGGCGACCUCUCAAGAUUACAAUUUUGAAAACACAGAUCAUGAUGCAGCUAAAAAUCUUCAGCCGAAAAUAUCCGGGGACUCUUUUCCUAAUCUGCCCGAUUUACCGUCUGUACCGUCCGAUACGCCCCAGGCACCAACUCACAGCAGUGAUAUUGAUUUUGACGACCUGACGAGAAGAUUUGAAGAGUUGAAGAAGAAGAAGUAAAUUCUCGGCGACCACACGUAGUUGUAGCUUGAAUAAAUUAACCAGCUAACCUUUGGGCAAUGCUUAACUAUCCGAAAUUGUAUAUAGUGCACAAAAAUUUGCUUCUAUAGAGAAUUUUGGGAGAUUAUUGCGGCCUGUGAAUAGAUAUAAAGUAUUUUAUUAACUUUCAUUUUUUAAAUAUAUAAACAAUGUUAUAUGUUAUUGAUUAAACCUCAUUAUGUAUUA